AUGUUGGCCGAAGAGGAUAUGAAAGACGAGACCAUGAUGGAGGCCUCCGCCAGCGAGGCCGAGGGCGGCGCACCCAGCGAAGGCGUCAAGAUUAACGCCAGCAAAGCCGAGGAGGACGAGGGGAAAAUGUUUAUUGGCGGUCUUAGUUGGGACACUACAAAGAAAGAUCUAAAGGAUUACUUUUCAAAAUUUGGAGAAGUUGUAGACUGCACUUUGAAAUUAGAUCCAGUCACCGCCGGUCCAGAGGCUUUGGUUUUGUAUUGUUUAAAGAGUCUGAAGGUGUAGACAAGGUGAUGGAACAAAAAGAGCACAAACUGAAUGGCAAAGUCAUUGAUCCAAAAAGGGCAAAGGCAAUGAAGACAAAGGAACCAGUGAAGAAGAUAUUUGUGGGAGGUUUAUCGCCAGACACACCAGAAGAGAAAAUAAGGGAAUACUUUGGGACAUUUGGGGAGGUUGAAGCAAUUGAGCUCCCCAUGGACAACAAGACUAACAAAAGGCGAGGCUUCUGUUUCAUCACAUUUACGGAAGAAGAGCCAGUGAAAAAAAUCAUGGAAAAGAAAUACCAUAAUGUUGGCUUAAGUAAAUGUGAAAUUAAAGUAGCACUUUCAAAGGAACAGUACCAACAGCAACAACAGUGGGGAUCAAGAGGCGGAGGGUCUUCAACAAGGUCCAGAGGAAGGUUGGUAACUGUUUCAAUAGCCUCAAGCCAGAGCUGGAGCCAGGGAUAUAGUAGUUUACUGGAAUCCAAGCUACAGUAG